AUGAUUCUCGUGACGCUAUUCGCCUUAUCGGUUAUCUAUCAGACGUUGGUUGAAUGUUCAAUCAGCGGAAAGACAAAUUUAACCAUUGGAAAUUAUGUAGAUUUCACGCGGUUCUGGGGUAUUCAUUAUGGAGAACCAAGGUUGCGAAAGAGCUACGAUUUCAUCAUCGUCGGAGCCGGUCCGGCAGGUUCAGUUCUAGCGAACCGAUUGACCGAAGAUCCGACAGUGACCGUUCUGCUGCUGGAGGCGGGAAAAGGUGAACUCCCGAUAUUCACCGAUAUUCCUCUAGCAGCUCCCAACUUACAGGCCACGGAUUACAACUUUGCCUACGAAAGUGAAGUGCAAACCAUCGGCUGUCAGGGGUUGCGUGAUAAAAAGUGUAGUUGGCCACAUGGCCGCGGUGUGGGAGGUUCUACGAUUAUUAACUAUAUGAUUUAUACCAGGGGAAAUCGACGAGAUUACGACGGAUGGGCUCGAGCAGGAAAUCCCGGUUGGAGUUGGGAGGAGAUUCUCCCGUACCACAUUAAAGCCGAACGUGCAAAUAUUCGAGAUUUCGAUAAUAACGGAUUUCAUGGCAAGAGCGGUCCUCUAUCUGUGGAAGAUUGUCCGUUCAGGUCGAAAAUUUCGCAUGCGUUUGUGCGCAGUGCUCAACAAGCCGGCUAUCCUUACCUGGAUUACAACGCCGGUGAACACAUCGGAGUGUCCUAUCUGCAGGCAAACACAGAACGUGGAUUCCGGGUUACUAGCGGAACCGCUUACCUGACUAACAUAACAAAUCGGAAAAAUCUUCACAUUCUCACCAAAGCCUGGGUUACUAAGUUGCUGAUUGAUCCCGAUAGCAAAGUAACGAAAGGAGUACGAUUCACACGUAACAAGAGGCACUUCAUAGUAGAAGCUCGCCAGGAAGUCAUUCUCUCGGCUGGAGCUUUUGAAAGUGCCAAACUGUUAAUGCUUUCUGGAGUAGGACCGCUUCAACAUCUAACAGAAUUAAAUAUUCCGAUUGUCACGGAUUUACCGGUUGGAGAAAUUCUCUACGAACAUCCCGGCGUAUUUGGACCGAUUUACCUCAUAAGAAAUCCGAUUGAUAAUUUCAUUCAGCUGGAUGACAACAUUAACUGGAGGAAUCUUAUCAAACUGCUCAAUGGGCGCGGUGUUUUCACGACUAACUCUGUCGAAAGUCUGAUGUAUUUAAAAACGCCGUUCGCGGCUAGCCCGGACCCAGGCCUGCCCGAUAUCGAAAUCAUGCAAGCAUUCACCUCAAUCGACUUCGAUUCGGGGCCGGGCACUGCCUUAGCCUUUAGACUGACCAACGAAACCUACGAUGGCUAUUUUCGACCUAUUCAAAAUAUACGUUCUUUCCAGUAUCUUCCAAUGCUCUUGAAGCCACGUUCUCGCGGAAAACUUCGACUGAAGUCGCAAAAUCCGUUUCAGCACCCUAGCUUUGAUUUUCAGUACUUUUCAGAUGAUCGUGAUAUACAGGCACUAGUUUAUGGUAUGCAAGAAGCAAUUCGUGUAACUUCACAACAAGCAUUCCAAGAACUCGGUGUAGAACUCUAUUCGCGCCCUGUGCCGGGUUGCGAACAGCACCAGUUCAACUCGUACGACUACUGGCACUGUCAUGUGCGCACUUUGACGGCAACUUUCCACCAUCAGGUCGGUACGUGUAAAAUGGGGCCCGCAAGCGAUCCGGAAGCGGUGGUCGAUGCCAGACUCCGAGUGUACGGUAUUUCUCGCCUUCGAGUGGUGGACAUAGGCGUCGUGCCGGAACCUCCGGCCGCUCACACGUCGGCAAUCAGCUUUGUGAUAGGCGAAAAGGCUGCCGACAUGAUUAAGCAAGACUUAGAACUGGGAAUGAUUGGCAAGCGAGUCGAAAAGGAAUCAUCGCGCCAGUGGGAAGGGGAUAUAUCAGUGACUAGUGCGAACGAUCUGUAUCUGUGGGAAUUUGGUCCCUUUGACGAAAACGGUUUUUUUAAUUCGGUGAGAUUCGCAAGAUCAGUAAAUGCGUCACAAAAUUGA